CGUGUUCACUCGUAGACUGGGUACCGGUUGCCUCUCGUCGCCUGAGUUUUGCGCUUCUGUGAGGCACUCCGUACAACGAUGGCUACCCCGAACGCCACGUCUGGUCCGUCUGCUGUACUUGCUCCGCCCGCGGUACCUGCACUCGACAACACGUAUGGGGUUCUGCUGCUCGGGACGAGCUUUGGGCUUCUCUUGCAGGGAGUCAUAAUGCAUCAAGGGUAUCGCUACGCGUGCUUGCCAGCAUACAAGCAGGAUUCCCUGUACACCAAAACCAUGGUUGCUCUUGUGCUUAUCUUGGAGACCUGGCACUCUGCAAUUUCGAUGCACGCAGUGUACUUCUAUUUGACGACCAACUACUUCAAUCCUGCGGUCCUCUUCCAAGGCGUGUGGUACGUCAGCUUGUUCCAAUGGCCACAGGUGUUGUCAUCGCACUUCUUCGCGCGUCGCCUUUGGCUGGUUGAUCGCAAAUUCAGGCCAUUGGUUGUCUUCGUUAUCUUCCUCCUCCUUGGAGAAGCAGCGCUUUCUACCACUAUCUCGGUCGAAGCUUUUAUCCAGCCGAACCUCGUCACCUUCGAAAGCGUCUCUUCGUGGAUGGUGAACGCGACACUGGGCAUGAUCAUCGCGGCGGAUGUCCUUCUCACCACGCUCCUUACCAUCGUCCUGAGACGCAGUCGAACAGGCUUCCAGUCUACGGACUCGGUGCUGAACAUUCUGAUCGUGUACACCAUCAACACGGGGCUUCUGACUGGAGCGCUCAGCACCCUCUCAUUCCUUUUGGCUAUCUUUUUCCCACAUACAUUCUUCGCAGACGGGAUGAACAUGUGCAUCGCUAAACUCUACGCGAACUCCUUACUCGCAGUAUUGAACUCCCGGGACUUCUUGAAGGGUCAUAGGACGAACGGCACCGGUCUCUCAGAGUCCGGCCGCCAACCUCCUGUGAGCCUCCACAAUGUCACUCCUCGCGUGCAGCGCCAGAACACGACGACUUCCCGGGGUGCCAUCGAAAUCAAGCUGGAGAGGGACGUCGUACGCUCGUCGCACCCCAGCGACGAGCUGCGUCGCGACGAGUACGAGCUGGAGAAGAUCUCGACGAGGUACCCCACGGGCGGCCUGAGCGGCGGAACAGCUCCCUCGUUUGAACCUCCAGUGUGAGCUAUGUUUACGAGGAAGCACCGUCGUGCCGAGGUGCUUCCCAGAUGUACAAUGUCGUAUCCAACUGCGCGGACUAGUAGUUUAGCUUUAUUUAUCUUUAUCGGACUGUACCCUG